UCAACAACUAUGCCGAUGAUUUCUUUUAUUAAUGUUUAAUUUCCACAGAGGGACGAGCAGCGCCGUUUAAUUACGUUUUACUUUGAAGAGCUUUACCGGAAGUAUUACCUCGCUGUAACCUGGGGAUUUGACGGUUAAACUGAAAACAGACGUGGAGUUUCGGCAGGAGGGAGUGUGUGGUUUAUAGCAUCCAUACUAUGGAAUGAAUCAUGGUAUGGAUUACCAUUGUGACCUAUGGACUCGUUUUCCCGUGACCACGGACCUACGGAGAUGUAUUCUGUUCUGAAAUGACGGCAUGACAUGUUUUUACCUCCUUGAAAACAGCCGAAGCUCGUCCAUCGAUCGCCCGAAGAGGCAACGUCAGAUUAGCUAGAAACCUGAUUUGAUCUGUCAGAGACAAACCCACCAAAACGACUGGAAACAUGUCACCGAUACCCGUCCUCCCGCUGGUGAUCAACGGGCUGUUGUCUGUGCUGGGCUGCCUGGCCACACUGAAGCUCAUUCCUGCUUUCAAAGAUCACUUCAUUUCAGCCAGAUUGUACGGAAUGGACCUAAACAAAACAAACAAGAAAGAAAUCCCAGAAUCUCAAGGAGUGAUCUGUGGGACGGUCUUCCUCAUCAUCCUCUUCUGCUUCAUCCCAGUGCCUUUCCUCAGCUGCUUUGUAGGAGAACAGUGCAUGGGCUUCCCACAUGAUGAGUUCGUACAGCUGAUUGGUGCACUUCUGGCCAUCUGUUGCAUGAUCUUCCUGGGUUUUGCGGACGAUGUGCUGAACCUGCGGUGGAGACACAAGCUCCUGCUUCCCACUAUGGCUUCCUUGCCGCUGCUCAUGGUCUAUUUCACCAACUUUGGCAACACGGUCAUUGUCGUGCCAAAGCCAUUCAGAGCCCUGCUUGGGCUGCACUUGGAUAUGGGUAUCCUCUACUAUGUCUACAUGGGAAUGCUCGCAGUAUUCUGCACAAAUGCCAUCAACAUCUUAGCAGGCAUCAACGGUAUCGAGUCAGGUCAAGCCCUGUUUAUCUCCGGCUCCAUAAUCAUCUUCAACCUGCUGGAGCUCAGUGGAGAUUACCGUGAUGACCAUGUUUUCUCCCUCUACUUCAUGAUACCAUUCUUCUUCACCACAUUAGCACUUUUUUACCACAACUGGUAUCCUUCAUCUGUGUUUGUGGGAGACACUUUCUGCUACUUUGCCGGGAUGACGUUUGCUGUGGUCGGCAUCCUGGGGCACUUCAGCAAAACAAUGCUGCUGUUCUUCAUUCCUCAACUGGUUAACUUUGUCUACUCUUUGCCUCAGCUUUUUCGCAUAAUCCCCUGUCCCCGACACCGGCUGCCCAGACUGAAUCCAGACACUGGCAAACUGGGGAUGAGCUACUCAAAAUUCAAAAUAAGGGACCUCUCUAAACUAGGACACCUCAUUCUGAAGACGGCAGAGUUAUUGAUGCUGCUCGAGGUGCGGAGGGGCCACGAUGGAGACGGCGACUUUAUUGAGUGCAACAACAUGACCAUAAUAAAUCUGGUGCUGAAAUUCCUCGGACCCAUCCACGAGAGAAAUCUCACAGUCAUCAUGCUCAUCAUACAGGUGAUGGGCAGCGUGGUGGCUUUUGGGAUCCGUUACCAUCUGGUGCGUCUGUUCUAUGACGUCUAGACAGCUCUCCAGAAUCGAGGAGCGACUGCUGAUUGAGAAGAAAUGAUGUUGUGGAACUGUUUUACAGGGUCGUGGUUCAUCUGCCUUUAAUAGAUUAAAUCUCCUCGCUGUUACUUUUCUGCCUCAGACUGUACCUGCAGUAAAGACCCAGUGCAAGGUUUGAAUCUACAGUGUAUUUCACUUUGGUGGAUGAUAUUUAAUUCUUGAGCGUAAACAGGUAAUGGUUUGAUAUCAGCAGCAGCACUGUUUGGAUUUCAGUAAUUACAGGCUUGAAAUUGUAUCUGGGUCUUAAUUAUCUUGUGUGUCCACCCUGAAAAUAUAUUUUUCUACUUGCAUUUUUUUAAAAGAAAGUACAGUAAGUGGGGUUAACUUUCGAUCUUCAGGGCAGCCAACAUCAUUGGCUGAACUGCUCCUGAAUUGUGAUCAUUUGAUAUCAGAUUACUGAACAUAGAAGUCCUGUAAAAAGAAAAAAAAGGCAAAAAUGUCAUAGUGCAUUGCUUGAAUCUCAUUUUAAGGCAAAAUAUGGCUCAGAGAAAAUGUAGCCACUCACAUUUCACCUUGCAUCAUGAUGAAUCCAUGUAACAUGGGUUGGAACGCUAGGAUUAGUUAGUAUUUUUUAUUUCUUUUACCUCUGAGCAAACGCACACAGAAUGGUUAUUGUGAAGAAAAACAGUAAACGAUAAGAAGGCUUUAAUCGGUUGGAAGACUAUCACAGGAAAAAAUGGUAGAGACAGGUGAGUAGAGGGGAUAUUAGAUGGAAUAGUGUCUGGGGUGUUGUCGAGUAAGUUAAGGUUUAUGAAGAGCAACGGGUGUUCCGACUAAUGAGAACUGAUUGUUUUUACCUUUCCUGUUAUUGGAUACAGAACUGUAUUUUUUUUUUUUUUUUUUGGACUGAUAUGCAUUUUUUCCCCCUCAAGGGCUCAGCAAAAAAUGUGAAGACAACUGGCACUGGACUAUUUUGUUUAAGAAUGUAACUACAAGUGAAAAACUGUUUACUGUUGAGAUUAAAGACGCAAAUUAUGAAAUAAAAGCUGGAAAAAAUCAAA